GGUUUUUUGCGGUGACAGCAAAAGCGGCACACGCCAUGUUCAGUGGAAACAAAAGGGGCAAGUUUCCACUGCUUGGUUGCCGGGUAAAGAAAUAACAUCGCUGGCUAGUUAGCUAAAUUUGAUGAAAAAUGAUAAAACGAGUAUGAGAAGGGAUUCUUUUUUGGGGGCGGGGGGUUGAUUGGAAAAUUGCUGGAAGUUGUUACAAUGCCCUUUCCGUCUACAAACCAGGUGUUGUUGGGUCGGGAAACACCCAAGCACUAUGGGAUCACUUCUCCUAUCAGCCUGGCCCAAGCCAAGGAGGCUGACCUGGUCCUCACACACAGGCUGACUGAGGCCCUGAAACCAUACGGGGUGUUUGAAGAGGAGCUGGAACUACAGCGCAGAAUACAUGUGUUGGGAAAACUGAACACACUGGUGAAGGAAUGGAUCCGUGACGUCAGUGAGACAAAGAAUCUGCCUGCCUCAGUGAUUGAAACGGUUGGAGGGAAGAUCUUCACAUUUGGGUCCUACAGGUUAGGAGUCCACACUAAAGGUGCUGACAUUGAUGCCCUGUGUGUGGCUCCUCGGCAUGUGGAGAGAACAGACUUCUUCUCCUCGUUCCUGGACAAGCUGAAGGAGCAGGAGGAGGUCAAAGAUUUGAGGGCUGUUGAGGAGGCAUUUGUCCCUGUGAUAAAGCUGUCUUUUGACAGCAUUGAGAUCGAUAUCCUGUUUGCUCGGUUAGCGUUGCAAACCAUCCCAGAGAAUCUGGACCUCCGAGAUGACGGGCUGCUGAAGAACCUUGACAUCCGCUGCAUUAGGAGUCUUAAUGGUUGUAGAGUUACAGAUGAAAUCCUCCAUCUUGUGCCCAACAUUGAGAACUUCAGACUGACACUGAGGACCAUCAAGCUGUGGGCUAAACGUCAUAACAUCUACAGUAAUAUCCUGGGCUUCCUGGGUGGUGUCUCCUGGGCCAUGCUGGUAGCCAGGACCUGCCAGCUCUACCCCAACGCCGUGGCCUCCACCCUCGUACACAAGUUCUUCCUCGUCUUCUCCAAAUGGGAAUGGCCCAACCCUGUUCUCCUGAAGCAGCCAGAGGACUGCAACCUGAACCUGCCAGUCUGGGACCCCAGGGUAAUGCUGAUCAUAAUGUUGAACCUGCCAGUCUGGGACCCCAGGGUAAUGUUGAUCAUAAUGUUGAACCUGCCAGUCUGGGACCCCAGGGUGACCCCCAGUGACCGGUACCACCUGAUGCCCAUCAUCACACCAGCCUACCCCCAGCAGAACUCUACCUACAACGUCUCUGCCUCUACGCGUGCCGUCAUGGUGGACGAGUUCAAACAGGGUCUGGCCAUCACAGAUGAAAUUUUGCAGAGUAAAGCAGAGUGGUCCAAACUAUUUGAAGCACCAAACUUCUUUCAGAAAUACAAGCAUUAUAUUGUGUUGCUAGCAAGCGCCCCCACCGAGAAGCAGCACCUGGAGUGGGUUGGUCUGGUUGAGUCUAAGAUCAGGAUCUUAGUAGGAAACCUGGAGAAGAAUGAGUACAUAACGUUGGCCCAUGUCAACCCCCAGUCAUUCCCUGGACCCAGGGAAAGCAGGGAGAAAGAGGAGGUCAGCACCAUGUGGGUGAUAGGUGUUAUCUUUAAGAAGAUGGAGGCAUCAGAGAACCUCAACGUUGACCUGACCAUUGACAUCCAGUCCUUUACUGACACGGUGUACCGGCAGGCGAUGAACAGCAAGAUGUUUGAGGCGGACAUGAAGAUCCAGGCCAUGCAUGUGAAGAGGAGACAACUUCACCAGCUACUGCCCGACCUGGUCAUGCCCAAACGCAGGAAGCACUCGACAGAGGGGCUUCGUCAGAUGAAUGACAGUAGUCUGGACCUAUCGUUAGACAGUGACAACAGUAUGUCUGUGCCAUCCCCCACGGCCAUGCCAGCCACUGUGCCCACGUCAACCCCAGUGAAGUGUGGCCCACUAGGUCCCCUUGCGGCUGCAGCCGGCCAGCCUGAGGCCCCAGCUGUGAAGAGACCUGGCUCCCCUAUGCAGGAAGAGAGGAAGCGGUUCAAAUCAGAUGCUGAGGAUUCAGCUGUUGAGAAAAAGCCUUCAGGAGACACAGUCCCCACAAGCCUGACCCCCUCUCCUCCGCCCACCAUGGGCCCCCCAGCGGCCCCCCGCACCUCUCGCCAGGAGAUGCUGGAGGAGGAGGACCCCUCCCCAGUCCCAGAGAAUGGGGCAGCUGGCGGAGAGGAGUGCACCACUGUGGAGGCACAGGUCAAUGAGGACAGUAUGUCCGAGGAGAUGCCUGCUUCUGAAGGGGAAGGCAAGAUGGAGGCAGAUAUUAAGCGAAUGGUCAGUGCGGAUCUGUCUGAUGUGCCUCUCCUGCCAGCCAACCCAAUUCCAGUGGUGAAGAACUCUAUAAAGCUUCGCCUCAGCAGGUAGGAGAGAGGACAGACAGACGCAUCUACUCGCCUCCCCGGCCCCUAUACCCUGAACUCUACUGUGGGUGUCCUAAGACAUUCUCAGUCCUCUGCCACGGAAUGCCCACAGUGCUGCAGAUAAAGACACAGACCGACAACACAGGCGACUAGACAGUCGUUGUCUCUUUUCAACCAGGGACAUUGUCAGUUGACACGAAAGGACGUAGCUGCAACUGUCUCCACAAGAGGGCGAUGUUGCUCUUCUGCUGAAUUCUCCUAGGUGGCUUCCAACCUAUACCUUACUGGUUAAAGGGUAGAAGUUGUCCCAUAGACACAGAUCUAGGAUCAGCACACCUUCCCCUGAGUCUUAGUAAAACACAAAACGGACCCUAGAUCAACAUGUCGGCAUCUUCAUCCUACUCCUUCAAGAGCUGCUGGUUACCAGGAAUAAACAACGUGACAUAAAGAUGUCAUCUUUCCUGUGCAUGCAGACGUGUGUGCUGUGCGUGGACGUGGAUGCUCAUUGGUUCUCUCUCUUCUUCUCUCCUCAUUGUGUUAUCCAGAGAACAGAUGAUGACGGAACAAGUUCUGUUGACUAAUGAUUUUGGGAUUUCUUUGUCCCAGUGGUUUACGGUGUGUGUGUGUGUGUGUGUGUGUGUGUGUGAAGCACCUUGGUAUGAUGUCAAAACAUACUGAGUAAUAAAGAAGAGCAGAAUGGAAAAUGAAGAUUGGGUCAGUGGUGUUAGAUGUCUUCCUGUUACCGUUGUGAUAUACCGAAGUGUGUAACAGAUGACAGGUUACGGCUGCGCCAAAGGUAGUACACUAUAAAGGGAAUUGGGUGCCAUUUGGGACGCCCAAAGCGAAUCACUGUCAGUCAGUCAACUGUUGGGAUGUGAGGUGGCCUUUGGGGAUUGUAUGGAGAUGUAUAGAAAAGGGUAUGAGGGUGUUUGGGAUGCCUCAAAAAGACAUGGACACAGUCACACAUGCAGCUAACGCUUGCUAAAGGAACUAGCUCAGGUUCGAGUACAUACACAACACAAUAACUUUGACCAAAAAAAAUAAAGCUCACAACUUCUGUGGGAACAGAAUAGCUUAGUCUCUUCAGGAUAGUUUAGUGUUUUUAUUACGGUAGUCGUAUGUACAGGAUACACAUGGAAAACAUCGUCUGACGAAAUGCUAACUGGUUCCUUCUGGACAAUGCAACAAUAAUAAGACCUAAUAAAAUAUAACAAUAGGAACAUGAAGUAGAUGUCACAGUAGAAUAGAAUAAACCUUUUUUUUAAGUAUAAUAACAGGAAGUCACAAUUUCUAGUACAAUAUUUGGACAGGGUAGAAUAGUCAAUAGUGAUACAGGUCUAUAGUCUAGAGAUGACAGGGAGUUAAGAGUUGUUUUCUACAGGAAUGGUCAGAUUAUAUCAGAGGAAAAUAUGGUUUUCGAGGGCUAUGGCUGGCAUGUUGAGUGGAGAAGUGGUCUGGUGUCUUGAGUAGACCAUUUAGUUAUAUAUAUGCAUAGACUUUGAAUGAAUAGAAGGGGUGUAGUACCUCUGACCAUUCUAAUCAUUCUGAUUCUAUGUAUACAUGCAUUGUACAGUAACUGUUAGUGUCAUGUACCAAAAACAUGAAAAUGAUGAAAAACAAUGCGUUUUCUUUUGCGUGGAACAUGUAAGACUUGAGCUUUCGCAUUGUUGGAUUAUUUGAAUAGAAAUAUAAUUACUCAACUAUCACGCAGAAGGUUAAGAGCACAAAUAUUCUUUGUUGGCUAUUAAUUUCUGAUUUACUAGGUCAUAACAUAAUUGGAAUUUAUCAGAAUAGUCGACGCGUUGAAUACUCGAUAGUAUUGUUAGAGGACGACAGUUAUUUUUGGUUUCACUGUUUCUUUUUUGAAAAGUUUUAAAACGAUGUGUACUGAAUUUUCACUUACUCAAUAUUUUGUUGAUGUCUUAACAAAAUGUAGCUUUUGUUUUGUGCUAAUUGUGUGGGACUCGUAUGUUAACGAUGAAUCUGAAUUUAGACUGCUGUCAACAUAGGGUGCGUUAAUCUACAUGAAUAGAUAAUUUCCUUCAAUGACAAAACAUUAUUUCCCGUUCUUACAAUGCUCUUUUUCAGUUCAAAAUGGUUUCUUAGGUGUAUUUGUAAGGAUGAGGUAUUGUACUUUUUUUUCCCCCCUCAAAAAUAAAGCUCUACGUUGCAAAGA